AUGGGGCUCUCAUAUAAAAAUGAUGGUUCGGUGGUCGAAUUGUCCACAUUUGAUACACCAUCAGAAGGGGGAGAGAAUUGUGCUAACGUCAAAACCCUAGAAACUGUUGAAUGCAAAGAUGAUGAGGUUUCCGACAAUUUUAACGGCUGCCGUCGUGAUACAGUUCAUGUCUCUUUCGUUGUAAUUAAGGCCGAAUCAACAUGGCAUUUCGCUGAAGAGGGUGUUGAUCUCGUGAUAAAAGGUCCGGGCGGAGAGGAAGUACACAGUAUGCACGAUAGAACUAGCGAAAAAUACGAGUUUAUGGCUCAAAAAAAAGGUUUAUACCACUUUUGCUUCACAAACAAGUCUCCAUAUCACGAGACAGUAGACUUUGAUGUACAAGUUGGUCAUUUCGCAUACUAUGAUCAACACGCAAAAGACGAGCAUUUCAAGCCGUUGUUUGAUCAAAUAGCGAGAUUGGAAGAAGCGCUUUACAAUAUUCAGUUUGAACAACACUGGUUACAGGCUGAGAAUGAUCGUCAGGCAGUUGUAAAUGAGAAAAUGGGUAGAAGAGCAGUCCACAAGGCACUGAUUGAAUCAGCAGCACUGAUCGGGGCUAGUGUUCUCCAGGUUUAUCUCCUGCAACGUUUGUUUGAACGAAAGCUUGGGACGUCUAGAGUUUGAAAACAUGAAGCCUGAAGGUGAUUCGUAACUUGUAUUUGGGUGCAUGUAGGCCAAAUGUAUCUUUUUAAAAUGGCCUUUUAAACAUUAUUUUUUUAUUUGAGUUAUAGCCAUUUUACUUCAUUGCCCCAUUUCUAGUCGGAUUAAAAAGGUUUAGCAUUGGGUUUUAAUUUAAUUUAAUUAUUUUGAUUUUCUAUCCAAAAUUUUAUGAAAC